AUGAAAAAAAAAAGCAGGAAACAGCGAAUAGCAUCAUCUCCCGCCGUUGGGAUCGGAGCGAGACCGACGCUAGAGCCAACAUGGCGGCGCAACAAAUAAUCUCUUGUCUGCCAGUGUGAAUGCCGUUAAAAAAGAUUUUAUUAUCGCAUUUUAAAAUAUACUGUGAAUUAGUGAACGUGACGAGUUUGAAUUUUUCCCAUCGCAGAUUCGGCUAAUAUAUAUGUGUCAUAUAUAAAUAUAUACCUACAUAUGUGUAUAUGUAUGUUGAAAAACACGUUAAUGUAUUUUAAAUAUUAAUGUUAAAUGCAAACAUGCUUUUUAUUUUUACAGACUCUAUUAAAAUAAAUAUGUUAUGCUUUGCAUCGUUCAACAGUGUUGAUUGUUUUUAUUAACUGACGGAUAAUGUCGUCGAUACAGAGUAAAAUGCGAGGUCGCCCGCCGAAAUCCAAGAACUCGUGCACUUGGUGCAACGAGACUAAGCAGCCUCUGAAGUACGUCCUGCCUACCCAACACGGAAAGAAAGAAUUUUGCUCCGAGUCGUGUUUAUCUGCCUUUAGAAAGGCUUAUGUCAGAGGAGCUUGUGUGGGGUGUGAUAAUGUCAUAAGAGGUUCCCCGAUAAAAUUGGAGCAAAAAGAUGGUCCAACCAAAGAUUUCUGUUCUCCGUUUUGUCUUAAUAAACACAAAACGAAGGAAAUUCAAGCUGAAGCCAAGAAAACCACGAAUGAGCAGCCAUCACCAGCAGCAUCUCCAGCUCCCUCAGGACUACCUAGCAGUAGUGGAACAAUACCUCAAUCCUUCACCACAAAUGGAGCAAAUAGUUCACCAACCAACAACAACAACAACAACAACACCAACACCAACACCAACAGUCCUCCUAUAAACAAUACCAGUACCAAUAGUAAUACCAAUAACAAUAACAUCAACACCAAUAGGAGCACUCCAGCAACUCCAACAAUAACCACCUCAACAACGAACAACCAAUCAAACAUAUCCCACGCGCCUUCAACGUCCACCGGCCCGUUCCAAUACGAAACUUACCAGACCUUCGACUGGGACCUCUACCUAAAGGAAACCAACAGCUCAGCAGCGCCAGCUGACUGCUUCAAGCAACAUGUAACUCCGUCAAUUAACGACUUCAAAAUAGGAAUGAAGCUAGAAGCAUUGGACCCUAGGAACCUAACAUCAACUUGCAUAGCAACCGUAGUAGGUGUCCUGGGUCCUAGAUUGCGACUGCGUCUAGACGGUUCCGACAACAAGAACGACUUCUGGCGGCUGGUGGACAGCAACGAGAUCCACCCGAUAGGUCACUGCGAGAAAUCAGGAGGAAUGCUCCAGCCGCCGCUGGGCUUCCGGAUGAACGCGUCCAGCUGGCCGAUGUUUCUUUUGAAGACUUUGAACGGAGCCGAGAUGGCUCCGGCGAAGGUGUUCAAGCGCGAGCCCAAGACUCCCAAAACGAACAUGUUCGAAGUCGGGCACAAGCUGGAGGCGAUUGACAAGAAAAAUCCCCAGCUUAUUUGCACUGCGACAGUGGGAGCAGUUAAAGACGACAUGAUCCACAUAACCUUCGACGGCUGGCGCGGCGCCUUUGAUUACUGGUGCAAGUACGACUCCAGGGACAUCUUCCCGGUAGGCUGGUGCUUCAAGAGCGGUCACCCGCUCCAGCCGCCGCGCCAGAAAGCCACUGGGCAGAACAGAUUCAAGUCCAGGACGAGCAAUGUGCUUCCAGUGAUGGCUGUGUCUGGAAGCGGAGCUAAUGGAGAACCUGCAGUUGCUUUGGUGAGUCCAGCUGGCUCCAGUGCUCCUCCUCAGCCUGCUACUGAGCCAGACACUAGCACUACUAGUGUCAACAACAAACCUCAUAUUCUGGAAAAUGUUACUCUGUUUGUCAAUUCCAACUGCUCCUGCGGACCUUAUUUAGAUUCCAAGAAAAUCAAGACCUUGCCGGCGAAGUUUGGGAGUGAUAGUGUCUUAAACGUCGCCCGAGACGUCUUCCAGAGCUUCUUGAUAGCUGCGCUGAACCCCAGACAAAUGUUGAGCUUACUUAAACGCGGAGAGGGAGACUGCGUCAACUUGGUGGUAGAAUCCAAGGCCAUGUCUGUAAGACUCCCGGUUUUUAUUGAUGAACAGGACUUCUACUCAUUCAUCAGGCGCCAGCUGGAAGACUUGUGCGCUUGUGAGCAUUUGCUGUUCAAGAGACAGGAGCUCUGUGAAAAAUGCCCACUUCAGCAGACUAUGAUCAAGAGAGAGGAAAAUAGUAAUCCUGCUCCGGAAAAGAGAAGGUGGUCCGUUGAUAAGCCGCAAGCUGCUCCUCAGCAACAGGCACAACCUCAACCGGCUCAGCAGAAAAUUCAAGUUACUUCGAACGCUACGGGUACUACUAGUAUCGACUCUACUCAGCCUACACCUCCUCCAGCUAAACAUCCCAGGAUAUCAACAGAGUUGGAGGCUGCGUCUUCGACGACCAGGUGUGAGAGUUCUACGACACGUAUUUCGUCUACGGAACCUGCUGAAUGGACUAUUGAGGAUGUUAUUCAUUAUAUUGGAGUUGUUGAUCCUGUUCUGGGUCAACAUGCUGAUCUUUUUCGUAAACAUGAAAUUGACGGCAAAGCAUUGCUGCUUCUGAACUCAGACAUGAUGAUGAAGUACAUGGGUUUAAAAUUGGGACCUGCAUUGAAAAUAUGUAAUUUAGUUAAUCGUAUCAAAGGUCGAAGGCAUGUGAUGCUUUGACUUUCUCAAACGUCAGUAUAAAAAAAAAUAAAAAUCACCUUUAAAUAUUUUAUAAUAACAAAAAAGCUUGCACAAAUCCAUUGGUGUACAAUAUAUAUUUUUUGAAUUAAAACCGUCAGUUAAAUUGACCAAGUGUACAAACAAAAAAAAAAAAAAACUACAAUGAAAUCAUUCAAGGAAAAAUUAAAAUCAAAUUCAUAGUGGUUAUAAAUAUUAAUCCUCAGCACUUCCUUUUAAUAAUUAAUGUCUUUAAAUCACGUACAUUUUAAAGUAGCGUAAUUAAAUAUUUAAUUAUGGAAGUUUAUUAUUUAAUAAUUAAACUAUUUGAUGUGUUAAAGGUAUUGAGCUUGAUAAAUUACUAAUCAAUUUUAAAAAAAAAAAAAAAAUCUUUUUUCGACUUCUGUUGCAAAUCUUCAUUAUCAUAUCUUAAAAAAUUAUUAAUUUUUAAUUUGCAAUACCACUAGCCGAUUUAUAUUAUGUAUUUGUAAUAUAUACAUUUAUAUAUAUUAGUUUCUAAUCAAAACAUUUAAUACCUGUAAAUAAUUAGAAUUAAUUAUUGAGGAAAAAAAAUCAAUAAAUUUAACAAUUUAAUCAUAAAUAGAUAUUGUGAUAGCUUCACUCAGAGAUUUGGUAAUAUAUCUUUUAAUUUUUUUUUUUUUUUUAAUAAU